AUGAAGGAAGCAUACAUCAACAAGGACCUCAACGUCGAGAUCCGCGACGUUCCCGUUCCUACAGCCGGGCCGGGCGAGCUGCUCAUCCGCACAGUCGUGUCAGGCACAAACCCAAAGGACUGGAAAAUGCCCAAACUAGUGGGUGGGGACCCAGCGAAUCAUGGUGACGAUAUCGCCGGCUACGUCGAGGCGGUCGGCGAAGGAGUCACGGGAUUCCGCCCCGGUGACCGAGUUGCUGCCUUCCACCAGAUGUUUACUCCCCAUGGUAGCUACGCAGAGUACUCAGUAGUGGCCUCCUUGGCAGCAUUUCAUCUUCCCGAUGCCACCUCCUUUGAAGAGGGUGCCACGAUCCCGCUUGCUGGCAUGACUGCUGCUCUUGGCGUCUAUCGGAGACUCCAGCUGCCUCUGCCAUGGCACCCGGUCACUGUCCCAACGCCCCUGGUGGUCAACGGAGCUGCAACAGCUGUGGGAGCCUUCGCCAUCAAGUUUGCAACCCUGUCUAAUAUUCAUCCCAUCAUCGCCAUCGCAGGAAAGGGCAUUCCAUUCGUGGAGACCUUGCUUGACAAGAGCAAGGGCGACAUCGUCAUCGACUACCGCCAGGGAGCCGAUCACGUCAAUGAGCAACUUCGUAAGGCCGCCGAAGGGCAUGUUAUCUCUUAUGCCUACGACACUGUAUCCGACAAGGCAAGCCUGGAGACGCUUUUUAAGGUCGUUUCUCCAGAGAACGGAAAGAUUAUGAGUGUCGUGCCAAAAGAGGAUGAGGUAACUGAGGGAAUCGCGGUGCUGGGAUCUAAUGCUGGCCUUAUCCACGCGCCCACCAAAGAGGGAGCCAAGGUUGGGGAUGCAGAAUUCGGUGCCACCCUUUACAAUCUGAUUAGUCUUGGCCUGGCCGGCGGCUGGUUUUCGGGGCAUCCUUACGAGGUUGCUAAGGGAGGACUGGCUGGACUGGAGGGUGCUUUGAAGGAUCUCGAGGCGGGCAAGGCGUCUGCAAAGAAGUAUGUCCUGCGCCUGGCGGAGACACCUGGGGUAUCUAAGAAGUAG